AUGGGUGGCGGUGGUUAUACCCUGAACAGGGUCUUUUUGAAACUAUUUUCUGCCUUCUUUCUUUGGGUCUUCAUUUCCACGAUUUCACCCUGUAUCCUUAAGUCGUAUUUUCCAGGUCUGCUGAUUACUUCACUACCGGACAAUGAUGGUUACCUCCACAGCUCUUCUCUCUAUCAACUUAACGCUGAGACUGUCAUCUCUAACGAUCUUGUUAAUUCUGAUAUAGUGCUCGUUACUGCACAUCCCGAUGAUGAAUCCAUGUUCUUCUCUCCUACUAUAAUGGAGCUCAAUAAAAAGAACUACGGUAAUCAGAUUCAUCUUGUGUGUCUUUCGAACGGGAAUUUCGACGGUUUAGGUGAAGUUAGAAGGCAUGAAGUUGAUAAGGCUUCCCAGUAUUUGGAUAUCAGCUCAGUGGUGGUGCUUCGUUUUGAAGAUAACAUUUCUAAAGAGUGGGAUCCCGUAGAGAUUUCCCAGCGUCUAAAUGGUGAAUUGCCAAAGAUGCAUUUCUCCUCAAAGAGGCUCAUUUUUCUCACUUUUGAUGAGGAUGGUGUCUCUGGUCAUCCAAAUCAUCAGUCCCUCUUCUAUGGUGUUAAACGGUUUGUUGAUUCUAAAGAUAGGGUUUUCAUGAGAAUGGAUAUUCGUUUUUUCAAGCUUUCUACUUGGCCCAUUUAUAAAAAGUACUCUGGUUUCUUUUGGGUCAAUUUUGAGCUUCUCCGAAAGACAAUAAGGGAACUGGGAGUCUUUGACAAGAUUAGAUUCCUCUGUAACGAGUUCUUUGCCAAUGUGAGCCCUCUCAAGUCUGCAACGGUAACUAAAGCUCCUGUUAUGAUCUAUAAUAACUUCAACACUUGGAUUGUCAGUCUGUCUACCAUGACCUAUGCACAUUACUCGCAGAUAGUUUGGUUCCGCUGGUUCUGGAUCUUCUUAAGUAAGUAUAUGAAUAGCAACGAGCUAGUUGAAGUUCUGCCUUAG